GGAUCGCCCAAAUCUUGAUUCUGCCAUCAUAGUACUCCGUACCUCCCACCGUCUGUCUCCUUCCUGUAUGUGGUGGCCUAGUACAUAGUAGGUUCCUACCGUAUGCAGCAGGCGCUCCUACCCCAGUCAUCACGGUCCCUCAUUCCCAGGACUGCUCCUGCCCCGGUCCUGGUCCUUGUCUGGAUUUGGUCGCAAUCCUGCAGUCCCAGUCCUCCAAUCCUGGUCCAUUUCGAAUCCUCUCGACUGCAUAUCCCUCACUCCCUCCUCGUCCCAUCGGUCCAACCCCCGUCUGCUGUCCCCAAUGCGUCAAAGUUCAAACACUUUCGAGACAGAUCCGGGCAGGAAACGCAAGACUCUCUCAGAUAAUCUGCCCUCGAGUCAAGUAUUCUCCCGCCCGACCACCACCAAAGUGUCACCCCCCCGGGAUCCGUUGCUCAACUGGCCCUGGUCUUCCUCCAAUCGUGCCGCCUGCUGAAGUCCGGCUAGCGAGCGCCCAAACAUCGUCCCGCCCUGGUCCUCCCGACUCGGCUUCUGUCGCCCACGCCCCCCCCAGCAACACAAUUAGCCCAGUCCAGGCGCCGCUGCCACUGUGGUGGCUAUCUGAGGCCCCCCGGAAACUCUUCGCCUUCCUGCGUCUUACAUCUCUCGCUCAUGCCCAAGCUCUCUCGGCGCCCAGACUUCGCCGUUCCUCCCCCACGUUUGACCACUUUCGACAUAUCGAUCACUUCGACCUUAUUCUGCCAACCACUUAACCCAAUUGUGUGGAUCAUCAAGAGAAGGCGUCUGUGUUCCGUGAUACGACUCACAAAAGUUGCACACUAUUACAACACAAAGAACGCGCUCGCUGCGCUGCCAAAGGGAAACCGCCGAGUCCCGAUUGCGACGAUCCCGACGACCCUGACGACGACUUCAACCCACGAAAGCCCGUAGCACUCGGGCGCCUCAGAGAGACAGGACUGGAAACCAAGGACCGAGGCUUCUGUUCACGCGUGGCAUUCGUCCUGUGUUGAUCGAAUGGCGUGUGGCCGGUAGGAUUCAAUUGAGGACGAGUUCCUACCCACAUCGACAGUGCCAGCGGCUGGCCGCGACUCGACUCGGUUUCGUAGCUAGCCAUCAUGGAGGUGCGGCAACUCAUCGUACCGAGCUCGCCGGACAAGGCGGGCUCCUUGAACUCAGGAUGCACUUCCUUCAAUCUGCCCGAAGGAGGUGUCAUCAACAUUCCCGGCAUGGAUCCUAUAACACUCACCGCCGACGCCGCGUUCCGACCACAAUGUCAACAGACGACAUCGCCCAUCAUCAUCGCCAACCCCGGCGUGACCAUGGAGGAGACUACCGGGGCUUCCGACAUCACUAAUAUCGCAUACUCAGAUUUCCGAGAUCCCUUUUACGCUUCCACCUUUCCACAAUGUUAUGCUCUCGCCGCGACGACCGUCAUCGCAUAUACGUUGGUCAUCAUGCUGUUCAUCACGCCCAGGUCAUUCGUCGACGGCGGUGUGGUCGUUCUCGGGAGGAGGAGCUUCACAGAUGGUGGCACAGGUGGCACCAAUAUUGGGGGUCGUCCCUGGCUCCAGAAGGUGGCAGCCUUGUUUGUCGCCAUCUCCCUAACCAUCGCCACCGUCGACACGUUUCGCGUGGCCGAGCAACAAUAUUCGCAAGGGAUCCAGAACGCCGAAGUCCUGCAGCAGGAGGUUUUGGGGGGCACAGAGCUCAAGGUUAUCCGGAUAAUAUCCGAGGCAUUCCUGUGGCUCGCCCAGGCCCAGACACUCAUCAGGCUCUUUCCUCGUCGGCGAGAAAAGAUCAUUAUCAAGUGGACCGCCUUCGCGCUCAUCGCCUUGGGCGUCAUCUUCGACUCGCUCAACAGCUUCCUGUACACCAACCAGGGGUCCCUCCGGCCACGGUCUUUUACUGAUGCCAUCCCCGCCCUCAGCUAUCUCUUCCAGCUGUCGCUUGGUGUUCUGUACGCUGCUUGGGUCAUUUACUACUCCUUCAUGAAGAAGCAUUAUGCGUAUUAUCACCCGCAGAUGCGCAACAUGUGCUUGGUAGCCCUGCUCUCGGUCUUGGCUGUCCUCGUACCCGUUGUCUUCUUUAUUCUUGAUAUCAGGAAACCCGACUUCACUGGCUGGGGAGACUAUGUCCGCUGGGUUGGCGCUGCGGCAGCCAGCGUAAUUGUGUGGGAAUGGGUUGAGCGGAUAGAGGCCCUGGAAAGAGAAGAGAAGAAGGACGGAAUUCUGGGACGUGAGGUCUUCGACGGAGACGAGAUGGUCGGAACGUCGUCCUCGGAAUUCGGAUGGCCGCGCAAGAGGAGGAACACGAAACGCGAGGGUGACGAUGAUGACGCGCCCGACGGCGGCGAGAGUGGACAGGCGCAGCCACGCGAGAACCCCACAACCGCCGCCACGAGCAGUAACCCGUGGCCGAUAGUAACGUCCCUUGCGAAUCGAUAUCGACAGAAGUCCAGGGCGAAACCCGGAGAGGAAACCCCGCAAAAUGGAAACAGCACACGCACUCCGAACAUCCGCUUCCUGCAGCCACCUCUGUGGCCGUCUCGACCACCACCUGCUGUCACUCCAGUUUCCCGGACUGACACAGCAAGCGCAGACAGCACUGUGUAUGCUGUCCGCUACCACCCCAUGUCUGAGACAUCUGGGACAAACACCGAACCAUUUCCCGAACAUUAUUCAACACCUCUACCAGCAGUCGUACCCGAGAUUCAGGAGCCUAGCAUGCGGAUAGAGGACGCAGAGGAUCGUGGAGCGGAUGUUGACAGGAAUUUCACUGCGACGCCUGACGCCUCGGUGACACCCAGCCAGUCAGCCAGCCAAGCUGCUGGUCGUGCUAACCAGGCUUCGAAGCCUCCUACCAGCCAAACCCCCAGCACCUCGAAUAACUACCGCAUGCGAGCUUUCAGCCAGGCGAGCCAGCUGUUCCGAAAUCCGUCCAAGUCGAACAUGUCAAACGAGGGAUCCAACAAGGUCAGCCAACCAAGUCCGCAAGAAGGUAGCAACAGCAGCCGCUGGGAUUUCAGGUCGCGCUUCGAGGAUUUUGCCGCUUCUCAGGCCGACAGGCUGCGUGACCGUAUCCGACCCACCAUGGACACGGAGAGCUUGCCGGUCACGGUCAUUCCGGCACCGCCUCGGCGGGGUACUGGCCUUCAGCAGCUGAGGGAGGAGCAGUCACAGCAGAGUCGACCACGUCCGGCACAGCCUGCGCUGCAAAUACAGACGUCGAGCAGCAAUGUCACGCAGAGGACGUCGCCACCGACCUCAGGGCCGGUAUCACCGCGGCUCUGGAGGAGCAACAGUGGCGCGUCUGCUGCGGUUGUGUCGCCCUUGACGGCUGAAGAGGCAAGCGGGCCACUACCGAAUGAGCCACUGUCUCCGGUGGCUGCGGGCAAGAGGCCAGCCGCCGGUCCUCGCCAGCCAUAAUCAAGCUCACGUGAUGAGGCGCGGGUUUCUUUUUGGGGGUUUCAACCUAUUCUUUAGCGCAUGGUGUUGGGGAAACUUGCAUUUUCGCAAAGCGAUCAAUGGGAUACCGGGCUUUUUUUUGGAUUUUUCAUUUUGGGAUACCACCAAAACAAAAUGGGUCUGGGAUGGCAUUAUCGGGCAGACGACGCCCUCGGAUGCCGGGGCGGUCGAGCCGAUGUUGUUUUUUGUCUCCUCCAACAAGUCACGGAGGUGCAAACCGAGGCGCAGAUGGAUUUGGGAAACAGGUAAAUACUUCAGUCCGGGGCGGGGGAAAAGGUCUGUUCAUACUACAGGGUCCUGAGGAUCAAUCCGCCCAGCGAUUGAUCUAGCUGUGUAUAUAGAUGAAUGAUUACGAAGUGAUACGUUCGCGCGAUCUCGUCGCUAAAAAGAAUUUGGUCUUCUUGUCCUCG